CUGUGAGUCGCCAAAAUGUCGCUGUCAAAGAGUUCCAAAAUGCUGCAGUUCAUCAACUACCGGAUGCGGGUCACUAUCCAAGACGGGCGGCAGCUGGUGGGCAAAUUCAUGGCUUUCGAUCGCCACUUGAAUCUCGUCAUCGGCGACUGCGAGGAGUUUCGCAAGCUUCCUCCUGCUAAAGGGAAGAAAAACCCUAGCACUAACGAGGAACGUGAAGAUCGUCGAACGCUUGGGCUUGUACUUGUCCGUGGCGAAGAGGUUAUCUCUAUGACCGUCGAGGGUCCUCCUCCUCCUGAAGAGUCUCGUUCUAAGUCCGCCGCCGCUAAUGCCGUCCCUGGACCUGGUAUUGGUUGUGCUGGUGGCCGUGGUAUCCCUACCGGUCCUUUCGUUCAAGCGCAGCCGGGUCUUGCUGGGCCCGUUCGUGGCGUUGGUGGUCCGGCUCCCAGGAUGAUGCAGCCCCAGAUUUCACGCCCGUCGAUUCCGCAGCUUUCGGCUCCUCCGAUGCCUUACCCUGCUCCUGGUGGAGGUCCACCUGUGAUACGUCCGCCUGGGCAAAUGCCGCCCGGGGCUUACCCUGGUCAGCCACAGCAACCUCAGAUGCAACGCGGCCCACCUCCUUCGGUACCGCCACCAGCAUUUGGAGUAAGGCCGCCUCAGCAAUACCAAGUCUCACCACCACAAUUUGGUCAGAGGCCGAUGGUUCCAUCUCCGGGACCAAUGAUGAGAGCCCCCCCUGGUCCGCCACCUCCGAGGCCUGGGAUGCCUGGUGCACCUCCACAACGGCCGGGAAUGCCUCCUCCUCCGGGUGCUGUCCCUGGUUUCGGACCGCCACGCCCUGGAAUGCCGCCACCUCCGCAAAACCAGCAACAGAAUCAGCAGCAGCAGUAGGAGUGCUUUUGAUUUGGUACGGCAUAUUUCAGCUUCCAAUUGUUUCUAUUGUCUAUUUUGCUGGACUGAUAGAUUAUAUUUUGCCACCAAUCUGUGCUAGAGAUUAACUAGGAC